AUAGAACAUGUCAAAGGUGUUUAUAUUGAUGUGUACUGCAUUCAGGACAGUAUCAGUUGUAUGGUAAAGUACCAAUAUUCAAAUGAGGCCACAUGACAUAUAUGAAGAUAUCUGAACUCAUCAUCUAGCCUAAAAUACAGAUCAUAUCGAACAAAUAUACUCUAAUCUGAAGUAAUUUAAAAAGGCACCCAUCACUCCUGUCAUCACUCCCAUAGUUAUGGUUCAGAUUGGGCAAACUGCACCUACUUGGAGGCCAGAAGUGACUCCCCAUGUAUUCUGAUCACUGAUAAACACAAAGUAACACAGAUUACUUAGGAAACUUCUUGCGGUUGUGUGAUUAAGAGCAUGCAAAAUCAUAUCAUGUACCAGCUGGUCCACUACAUGGUGAAUUGUCAGUGCCACGGUUUGCCUUGCCGAUGUCUGAAAAAUAGUUUUUGUUUGAUGAAUUUACCCAAACUGUGGGAGUACUGGUGGUUAGCACUGUUGCCUCACGGCUAGAAGAUCCCUGGUUUGCGUCCCGGCUUUCCCGGGAUCUUUCUGCAUGGAGUUUGCAGGUUCUCCCAGUGCAUAUGUGGCUUUUCACUGGGUUCUCUGGCUUCCUCCCACAGUCCAAAAAUAUGCUGAGGUUAAUUGGUGAUUCUAAAUUGUCCAUCGGUGUGAAUGUGAGAGUGAUUGUUUGUCUCUAUGUCGCCCUGUGACAGACUGGCGACCUGUCCAGGGUGUCUCCUGCCUUCACCCUAAGUCAGUGACCCUAAUGAGGAUUAAGUGGUGUAUAGAUGAUGGAUGGAUGUAGUAGUGCUAUGAUGAUGCUCAGCUCCUCUGGGAAGCUUGUUUAGUUAAAGCUUCGAACAAAUACUAGUCUGACUCACCGGAUGUAGACUGUGGGUAUAAACGUGUCAUUGGUCGCACAUUUCACUUGACUUUCUCCUUUCAUACCACUAUUUAUAUAUCACAAUUUUCCCCAAAAAAUUGAAAAAAAAAAAACUCCAGGCAGCAACCUAAGACACUGAAAAUUCUGCUGAAGGUUUGGAUUGUGCAGUAAGGCAGCCGUGUUCCUUAUUUUCAACAAAUUAGCCAUUUUAAUCACAAUGCUUGCCACCAUGCAUGCAGAACAUUUCCCCCAUCACUAAUUUAAGGAAACACCAUUGCUGCAUCCUGAGUUUAGCACCAUUCAAGACGCCUGUAAACAUGAUUUUUCCCCCUCCUUUAGCAGACUGAUUGUGAGGUGCAGUCAGACUAUUCUACACAGAGCUGCAUUGAGAAUGGUCUGACCAUGAGACUACAGUAGAGGUGAUGGCUGGAUUAUUAAUUGUUCUCCUCUUUGUCAUCACUGUUAGCAUUGUUCUCACCAGGUUCUUCUUCAAAGUCGAGAUAGUUGGUACGGUUUUCCAAAGCAUAAUAUCUCUGCUUUGCUUCCUUGUUUUAGUUUUUUUCACUGAUCCACAACGUUGCUCAUUUUAAGGGAUGAUGAAUCCCUAAAACUUAGCUGAACUUGCCACCAUCCAAAACCUGAUAUCAUGGUACAGACACAGCCAGAAAACCAAUCAUACUUCCUAUUUGUAAAUUGAAUAACUCUGCAUUUGUUGUUUUCUAUUUCAACAACACCACACUUAUUUAAUUAGAUUUUUAAAAAGCAAUGACAGGAUGAGGCCACAGUUGGUUCUGGAUGAUGCCCCUAGAGGUCAAAUGCUGUCUGGCACCAGCUACACAUUACCCAUUUGAUCCAUUCUUACUAUAAAAAAGUUGAUUUGCGCAGUUUUAAACCUAAACUGGAAAAAUUUUCAAUAUAAACAAUACAAAAUGAAGCAAAGUAUGACAAAAAAUCAUGACGUAUUGCAAGUUUUUAUGCAAUUAGAUACAUCCUGUCCCUCACACAUAACUUGAGACAGAUGGGUUAUGUGGAAAGAGGAAUAUCCCGUAUAUGACAGCCAAAGAAACAGUCUGGUGCAAGAGAGCAGACAAUGUACGAGCUAUGAUUUAAUGUUCAUGUAUCGACAAGAUCCUGACAGUUUCCCGGAACAUUCCCUCCCUCACUUAUUCACCCUCAUGACGAUAGCCGGAGCUCGUUCGAUCCUGUUUUUCCACGGAAAGGAUGGCAUCAGUUUCUCAACAUUUUAUAUGAUUCUCUAUAAUAUCUGCAACUAGAUAAUGUCACAAUAAGGUGCAACAGGUCUGUGAUUUUUUUUUUAUUUGUCAAAAUAUUUCACAAAAUGUAACAGCUUCAUUAGAGUCUUCCUUCUGGAUGAAUGCAAAGCAAACACGGCUCCACAAAGGGCGGCAAUGUUAAAUCAACAUUUUCCACAAAGCUGGUCUGCGUUCCAGCGUUACCUGGUAUUUAAUACCAAAGCCUGCGAUGGUAGAAUACAAAAGUAGAAUGAAAUGAGUAGGAGGAACAACUGGUACCACGCAACCCAGUUAGCACAACAUGGCUUCCUGUAGCCAGUGGAGUUCCCCUCACAUGACACUUCUUACUCAAUAUACACAUGUAUUUCUUGUUCUCCACACACACAGUCCACAUAGUAAAGUAGGCAGCCAAGAGUUCAGACAAGGUGUAAAAUAGAUGGGAUUUAUUGCAGUGGAUUUGUCUUUGUGAUCACCAGUGGAAGGUUGUUUUUGUUGAGGCCAGAUUCUUCACAGGCUGUCUCGAUGGAAUCCACUAUGAACACCACCACCUCCUUCCAGCCGCCGUCUUCUGCCUCCUUCUCGCUGCCCGUCUCCCUCUCAGCCAAGAUCGGCAUCGCCAUCCUGACCUUGGCGUUUAUUCUAGGCUUUCCCGGGAACCUGUUUGUGGUUUGGUCGGUGUUCUGCAAGGUGAAGAAGCGCUCAGUGACAUGCUUGUUGGUGCUGAAUCUGGCUGUGGCCGAUGCCUUGGUGCUGCUCAGCGCCCCUUUCUUCCUUCGGUACCUGGCUGGAGGCCGGGGUUGGGAGUUUGGCUCGGCAGCAUGCAAGCUGGUGCAUUACUUGUGUAAUGUGAACAUGUACGUGUCCAUCUACCUGAUCUGUCUGAUGAGCAUGGACCGCUGGCUGGCUGUCACGAGGCCUUUUCUGUCCCAGAGGAUGAGAACCAAACGCUCCUUGCUGGUUUUCCUGCUGCUGGUCUGGGUGUUGGCGUUUCUCCUGGCAUUGCCGAUGCCUUUCUACCGCAGUAAUCUGAAGAAAGUAUUCCCAAACAACAUCACUUUGAGCUUUUGCAUCCCUUACCACUGGAAGAGUGUGGGCCACCCGGUCUUCCAGUACCUGUUUGAGACCACCAUGGGCUGCCUGGUGCCCUUCUCCCUCAUCAGCACCUGUUACUCCUCCAUCUUCUGCCGCCUACAAAGUGCCAAGUUUCAGCGCAGAGCACAAGGCAGACGCCUGAUCCUGAUGAUCAUCUGUGCCUUUGCGAUAUUCUGGCUGCCCUAUCACAUUGUCAACAUCAUAGAGGUGAUUGGUCUAUUGCAGAACAGCGAUUCAGUGCUCAAAGCUGCUUCCACUGCCCGUCCCAAUGUCACAGCCUUUGCUUACUUCAGCAGCGCUAUAAAUCCGAUCCUCUACGUGUUCGCUGGCAGCUCCCACAUCCGCCAGGCUGGGCUCAGCUUCAUGGGCAAGAUGUUCGAGGCCACCAACUCAGAGAGCAGAAGCACGUCUACCUUCACCCGCAGUGGCCGCAGCAGCUCUUCACCAGAUGAAAGUUCUGUCCUGCAAACGCUGUCCAUCAAACUGGGGAAACCUUUCAAAGGCAAGAACAAGGGAAGGAGCAGCAGUGUGGCAGACAAAGAGAUCAAUGAGCCUGAACUCAAGACUCUGGCCAGUGUUGAGCAGUUAGAGUAGCACCUCAGAUAUUUUGCAUGGACUGCAUUUCCAAAUUGGUGAGACACAGAUCAUGUUUGGGCCUUGACUUCCAUUUAGCUUUAAUACAUUAUGUUAAGACUAAGACGUAUAUCCAGUCAUAGAGCAUCAUUUAUUUAAGAUGAUAUCAAUGAAAUCAAAUAAUGUGGAAAUGGCGACAGUGUUGGGAAUGAUGGGAGUGGCAGAAAUGGUAAAAAUGGCGAGAAUAGCAGAAAUGGCGGGAAUGAUCGGAAUGACAGAAAUGGCAGGAAUUGCAAGAAUGGUGGGAACAUUUGGAAUGGCAGCAAUGGUGGACUCUACCGCCAACAAAAUAUUUAAAGAUACAAUUACAAAAUGUAGAUAUAUUAAACUUGUUUUGUAGAAUCUAAAGAGCCUCAAAAGCAGGGUUUGAUUUCAUAAAAAGAAAGGCUUUAAGUGUGUAUAUUAAAUCGAAACAACACCAGUUUUUUUUUUUUUUUUAACAGAAAGGAGGAUCUUUAUCAGAUAAAAGCACACUCCAAAAAAAUCUUAUUUAUAUCUACUUGGUGCACUGUUGGUCCAGAUUUGGACAAUUUAUUUAAAAUUUGUUUGCUAAGAUUUAUUGUUUUGAUUUUUUAUUAUAAGCCUACAAUACUGCCUAAGGCUUGACGUUGUGAAGCAGUGACUUUAUUCACAUCAAAAUGCAGCUAGAAUGAAAUUUGUAAUAUUUUGCAAAUAAAGCUUUUAUAUUC